AUGAGUAUUGUAGGGACUUCAGUUACAAACGCGUAUACCAUAAAACGGCGCAAGUCUAUUCACAAGAAUCUAGAUGAUCCAUUUCUAUAUCAGAUACCGAGCCCAUCUUCUUCGAAAUACCACCCAAAAGAUGGUAGACAGCUUAGGGAUAUUAAUGAUUUUGAUGCAUUUAUUACCAAAUUAGAUAGUAUUAAAAAUGAGCUAUUGCAAAAUGUACAAAGUAGAUUUUUUGAGGGCGCUUGGUCAGGAAUUGAUUAUAAAAUCACUGUUCUGUGUUUGCUUUGGUAUAUAACGUCAUCAAUUUCAAGCAACUUGUCUAAGCUUAUUCUUUAUAGCUUCCCUCAUCCUGUUGCAUUGACAGAAUUACAAUUUCUUAUUAGUGGAGUCAUGUGCCUUUUAUUUACAAUAUUCGUGAAUCAUCUACAAAAACCAAGGUUAACGCAUACAUCUUUAUCAAGAUGUUUAAAUAAUUUCCCGGAUGGCAUACUGCCAAGUUAUUUGGAUGGUAAUUUCAACCGGUCAAUUAUUGAUAAGUUCCUAGAUCCUUCAAAAACAGUUUUUAGGACUACUCUUCCUCUUGGUCUUUUCCAGUUUGUGGGACACGUCACCUCCCAUAAAUCUACUUCAGUGAUUCCCAUUUCUUUAGUUCAUUCCAUAAAAGCUUUAUCGCCCAUAGCCACUGUACUUUAUUACAAGGUAUGGAAGGGAAAGGGCUACGGAAGAAUGACAUAUUGCACACUAUUAUUGCUUGUCAGUGGUGUUAUAAUCACGUGUUGGUCGAAAGGUGGUGAUAAAGCAUCUUCCAACACACGUUCUGAAAUAUUUUUGGGGAUAUUUUUUGCUUUUAUUUCUAUGAUUAUAUUUGUCUGUCAAAGUAUAUUUGCAGCAGGUAUACUAGCGUUUAAGAAAGCGGAAAAGGUCAACCUUUUACCAUCCAAGAAUUCCGACUAUGAUAAAUCGUACACGCACUCACCAUUACAAUUGGAUAAGAUAACUAUAUUAUUCUAUUGUUCUUGUAUUGGGUUCUUACUUACGUUAGGACCUUUCUUGACCAACGAAUUGGUUCAAGGAAGGGGAAUGGCAAAUGAUUUGACAUGGCAAGUAUUCAUACUAGUGCUACUUCAUGGGUUUAUUCAUUUUUUCCAGGCGAUGUUAGCGUUCCAACUGCUUGGUCAGUUAUCAUCAGUGACUUACUCUAUUGCAAAUAUAUUGAAGAGAAUUGUUAUUAUUACAGCUGCAUUACUUUGGGAAUCAAACCUAAAUUUCAGACAAGUUUUUGGCUUGGUCCUUACUGUAUGUGGGUUAUAUGGUUAUCAGAAAUGGGGCAAAUCUAUAUAA